UUUCCGAAGACGUGUGACAUAAACAUCCGGUUUCGGACAGCGAAAGACGAGAAGUGAAUGUUUAUAGCUGCGUCAAUCAUUUGACAACAAUGGCUCAUUUACCGAAAACAUUUAAAGAAAGAAGGACCCAGGAGCAGAGAAUCCAGGAUGUUGAAGCCAUAAGAAACCAGCAUGUUGAUAAAAUUCCAGUGAUCAUCGAGCGCUACAAGAAUGAGAAGAAUCUGCCGAUGCUGGACAAAACCAAGUUCCUUGUCCCAGACAAUGUCAACAUGAGUGAACUCGUCAAAAUCAUCAGACGGCGCUUACAGCUGCAUCCCAGUCAGGCGUUCUACCUCCUCGUCAACGACCGCAGCAUGGUCAGCAACACCACACCCAUAUCCGAGGUGUACCAGCGAGAGAAAGACCAAGACGGCUUCCUGUAUGUCGUCUACGCGUCACAGGAAACGUUCGGUUCUGCAUGAAGAGUCUUUUCCACAAACUGUAGUUCUAUGAAGAUUAAUUGUUGAGUCUUUAACUGGCUGUGUGACAGUGACUGUCAGGCCGCCUUGGAGAGUGGUGUUCUGAAAUUCACCAAGCUGAUGAGGCAGUACUGAAAUUACUAGUUUAUUUGAUUGUUGUGGUCAGCAAGUGGGAAAAUAUAAUAUUAAGGCUUCUUUUUUUAAUCACUUGGUUAAAAGAUUUAAAUUAAAAUACCCGAUUGCAAUUAAUGUAAGUGACAAUCUGGUGAAACAUGUAAAAAAAUUAAAAAGCAUUUUUUGAAUGGAAAGUCAAAAACUUAAUGCUUAAUAUUGAUGUAUUUUUUUAUUACUGAAAUUGGACCUGGCAGGAAGAAAAAAGACUGCAUUCAACAUUUCUAUUUUUCCACAUUUGUUUGAAGAUUUUGGGUUGGUCGAACUGCAAACUAGGUUGUUAAAAACAAAUUCCAGGAGUAUCAGUGUCUGAGGUAUCUUUUUUCACGUUUGUUGUAUCAUGAUUACUGGUAUUAUUUAAUCAUACCAUGUUCAGGGAGAGUCAUUACUUCUUCAGUUUACACGAGGAAAGUAUCAAAACAAUGAAGUUGGGUUCUCUAAGAAACUAGUCUUAUAUAAUUGUUUGAAGAAAGAAAGAUGUAUUAAAUACAUUUAUUUUAUUUCAAUAUCCUCCAAAAUUCCACAUUUUUAUAGCAAAUAUAAUAUUAACAUUUUGUUUGGUCAAAACACUGUUUGCCAUGUUUACCUGUUAACAUUGAAGAAGCCAAAAAUGAUGUAUGCCAAAUGACUUUUAAAAUUUGGAUAUUAAGAAUGUUUAUAUCAUUAGCAUAAAUCAUGAAUAUGAAAAUAUAAAUAUUGUCUGUAUUUGGGUUCUGGUUGUCUCAUUUUGAAUUUUGUAUUUCUAUUUUGAAGCUUUCAUGGUCAUAUACUAAUUGUCCUUUGAUUGUUGGUAAUAUUAUUUUGAAAAUGUUCUUAUUUUUUUCUGAUAUAUUGGAAAGACUUGUGAAGUGGACAGGAUGUUUUAAAGAUAAAUAUUAUGUUUAUUGGGGUAAAUGUUCCAGUGUGAUAUAAAUACCCUGAACCCAUUGACUACCAUAGAGUCCUUUCCUUUUGUGUCCAUAGAUGCUCAGAAUAGCAGUCCUAUCAGAUUACACAUUGGUUAUUGGAACUCAUUCUGAACAAUCAUCUUCACUGGUUGCUGAUUUCAAAUGAAAGAUGGUGAUAUUAUUUCCCACACAAUCCUAUGAGAAUGGGCCCAGGGUAUAUAUCAUUAUGGCAUAAGUAGAUAAAUAUUUGUUUGGAAAUUUGAGGUAGUGUUACCAUUAAUUUGAUACCUCGUAUUCUAAUUUGGAACUGACAGGCAAGAAUUUUGAAAUGUCAAAGACAGAAUUACCAGGAAGAGUUUUCACAACUGGAUAGAUAUUCUGGUAUCAGAACUUUAUGUUUUGUCUCAAAGCUGAAGAAAAUAGUCAUGCCAGAGAGAUCUAUAUUAUAAGCAGUUUGACCAUUCCAUGUAGCAAGAAUAUGAGACGGAUCUUGAAUUGUGAGUGUGUCUGUCAGAUUAGACAUACACAUGGGGGAGCUACGCCAGCAUUGUUAGGUGAGGAUGACAAGUCAUUAAAGUAUGGUAAGCCAAACCAAUUCUAUCUUCCUUUUUUUUCAGAUUCUUGACCAACCCAAAAGUAUUUAGAUUAGACAGGUCAUGUUUAAGUUAAAUAAAAGUAACUAUACAGUUGAUAACCUAAUACAUGUAAUAUGAAAAGGAUUCAUUUUUCUUUAUAAAGAUCUUAAGACCAGAUGUUUUUCAAAAUUGAUUUACGGAUCUGCCAA